AUGGCCGCCCCCACCGGCGAGACGUCCCUCCAAACCCUCCUGUCGACGCUCAUGACCGUCCUCCACCCGGACACCUACGUCUUCGUAACCCUCGCCCCGGGCGCCGAGCUGCCGCCCCUCGCCGACGUGCAGCUCCUCUUCCGCGAAUCCGAGGGCACGACGCUCGUCACGACGCUCCAGACGGCCGAGGCGCGCGGGUGGGCGUACGCGUUCCCGUCGCGCAUGAUCACGCUCGACGUGCACUCGAGCCUCGAGGCGGUCGGGUUCAUGGCCGUUGUCGCCACGCGGCUCGCGGCCAAGGGCAUGGGCGUCAACCCCGUCAGCGGCUACUUCCACGACCACCUGUUCAUGCCGGAGGGGAGGGAGGCCGAGGCGGUCGAGGAGCUGAGGAGGCUGGCGUCGGAGUCGGCGGGGCGCAGGGCGGCGUGA